AUGGAAAUCCAGGGGCUGCUCGCGGGCCGGACCCCGCGCGGGCGCCAACAUGGCGGCGGCCGCCGCGUCGGGGCCGCCUGCCCCCGGCCACUCCCGCCUUCCGACCCGCCGCCGGGCCCUUGUGUGCACGGAGGUUCCGACCCGACUGCGCUCGCCGCGGCCACCCGGAGACGCCUUCUGCUCCGGGGGCCGGAAGAUGGCGGGGGCCGGCGGCGGGAGAAGCCGCCACCGCCGCCGCCGCUCCCCGGGGAGGGCGAGGCCUCGGACGAGCUGGGUUUCCCCGGGUUCCUGAUGGAGGAGAAGCCGCCGCCGCCGCCGCCGCCGCCGCCGGCGGCCGGGGAGCCGGGCCCGGGCGCCGCGCCUCCGGCCGGCCCGGACGGCAGUGGCGGGGACUCCUUCCUGGUGGUGUUCAACUUGGUGCGGGGCGGCGGGGAGGACGAGGGACGGGAAGCGGAGGGCCCGGCCCCGAAGCCCAAGGAGGCGGUGGCGGCGGAGGAAGAGGACGAGGACGCUGAGGACGCCGGCGGCUGGAGUCGGGGCUGUAACGGCCGCCCCGGCCCGGCCCACGCCCCUAGAUCUCGGGGCCUCCAGGCCGAGCCGCGGCCCCUCCCCGAGCUGCAGGCCCUGCAGCUUCUCCCCGGGCCCGCGCCGGACGGGAGGGCCCUGCCCGCCGAGGGCUUCUCGGGCACCAUCACCAUUAACAACCAGAACCUGAUCGUGCGGAUCGAAAAUGGUUUCCUCACCCUGGCGGCGCCAGGGGAUCCCCUCGGGCCUGUCGGGGCCAAAGAGGCGGCGGCCGGCGGGCCCGGGCUGGGCCCCGGCCCUCAGGCCUUGCCGGAAGAGCAGGACGGGAGUCAGGGCGCCGCGCUCUGUGCCGUGGACCCGGCCGAUUUGGGCCUCCCUGAUCCGGUGGCCAAUUUCCUCCUGCCGGAGCCCGGGGACCCCCUGGGAAAGGCGCCGGAGGUCGAAGGGGCCAACCCGGGCGCCAGGAAAGGGGGCGCGGGGGGCACCGGGGUCGUUCUGGUCUACCACUGCCCGGAACCCAAUUGCCCGCAGACCUUCUCAAAGAAGCAUCAGCUGAAACUGCAUCUGCUGUCUCACAGCAGCACCCAAGGCCAGAGGCCUUUCAAGUGCUCCCUGGACGGAUGUGGGUGGGCCUUCACCACCUCCUACAAGCUCAAGAGGCACCUGCAGUCCCACGACAAGCUGAGGCCUUUCACCUGUCCCACAGGAGACUGUGGCAAGCGAUUCACCACAGUCUACAACCUGAAGGCCCACAUGAAGGGGCACGAACAAGAGAACACUUUCAAGUGCGAGGUGUGUGCCGAGCGCUUCCCCAGUCAUGCCAAGCUCUGCACCCACCAGAGGACCCACUUUGAGCCAGAGAGGCCCUACAAGUGCGAGUUUCCUGGUUGUGAGAAGACAUUUAUUACUGUAAGUGCAUUAUUUUCCCAUAAUCGAGCCCAUUUCAGGGAACAAGAACUAUUCUCAUGCUCUUUCCCCGGCUGCGACAAACAAUACGACAAGGCAUGUCGGCUGAAAAUUCACUUGCGAAGUCAUACAGGUGAAAGACCUUUUAUCUGUGACUUCGAUGGUUGUGGCUGGUCCUUCACUAGCAUGUCUAAACUCUUAAGACACAAAAGGAAACAUGAAGAUGAUAGGAGGUUUACCUGUACUGUAGAAGGCUGUGGGAAGUCUUUCACAAGAGCAGAACAUUUGAAAGGCCACAGUAUAACUCACCUGGGCACAAAGCCAUUUGAGUGUCCUGUAGAAGGGUGCUGUGCUAAGUUCUCUGCACGUAGUAGUUUGUACAUUCACUCUAAGAAACACCUUCAAGAUGUGGAUUCCUUAAAAAGCCGCUGUCUUGUUUCCAGUUGUAGUAAACUAUUCACAUCGAAGCACAGUAUGACGGCUCACAUGAUCAAACAGCACAACUUCAGUCCAGAUCUCUUAACCCAGCUUGAAGCUACAACUUCCCUUACACCUAGCAGCGAACUUACCAGCCCAGGGCAAAAUGAUCUCAGCAAUGUAGAUCUUGUGUCUCUCUUUAAUGUAUCUGGUAAUGGUUCUACAGUUGCAACCGACGUAGCACUGGUGAACUCUGGAAUUCUCACUAUUGAUGUUGCUUCAGUGAGUUCAACUCUUGGAGGGAACCUUCCUGUUAAUAAUAAUAAUAAUAGCAAUUCCUUAGGGCAGACGGUGGACCCAUUGAUCUUGGUGGCUAGCAACGAUAACCCUCACGGUUUGGACAAUUCUCUCUUACUUGGAACCACUGCCACCGUCUUACAGCAAAGCACUUUAAAUCUGGAUGAUGUACAGACUGUAAAUGCAGAAGCCUUAGGUUCUCUGGCAUCCUUAUCCUUGAAGAAUUCCAGUCAGGAUCUCCAUGGCUUGACAUCCAGCAAUAAUCUCACAAUAGACUCUGCCACAUUGACCCCGUCAAGCAGCCUCAGUGGAAACUGUGUCCCUGAACUACUGACGCCAACAAAAAGCGAACAAAACUUGCUUCCUGGCUCAGACGUUGUCGGACAGCAGGAAGGAAGCAAAGUGGUGACUCAAUUUGUAUUCUCCAAUCCCACGGGAAGCUACAGUGCUCAAAAAGAAAUGGAUCUUAGCACAGUGACUGGCAGCUCAUUUUUGGAGAGUGGAGGCUCAGCCAGGACAGACUACCGAGCUAUUCAACUAGCCAAGAAAAAAAAGCAGAGAGGAACAGGAAGCAGCACAGGAGCGUCAGGCUCUGCUCAGAGGAAAAGCAAAAGCGACAAAGUCAGUACUCCCAGCGUCUCCACAGGUCUUAGCUGUCGGUUGAGUGGAAGCAUCGUAGUGCCAAGUGGAGGCUUAAUGAUACGAGAUCCAGCCACCGGAGCCCAAUAUGUUCAGAUCCAGUUAUUGCAGGGUGAGUCCACAAUCCUGGCAAAUCCUGCAUUUAAAAACAAUCCCAUCCUGUUAUGGAAAAACACCAAUGUACUCCACUACACUCCCUCCUUGGAUUAUUUCAACCUCAGGGUGACGCCCCUUUGCAUCCUGUCCUGCAGGAUGAUCCUUCAGGAGAUGGAGACUUACCAUUUCAACUCGGUUCUCAGUCUUCCACAUCCCAUUCUCAUCUUACUGUUGAUUUGCCAGUACAUAUUCUGCAGGAGCCGCACACUUCAGCUGAGGAUGAUGCUGGUUCUGACAAAUCACAAUUCACAGGAAGCACAAUAAAUUUACAGGACCUAGAAUAGUAUCAGUACAGCUUCUUAAAAGAGGAAAUAGUGCAAUCUUGUUCUGUCAUAUGAAAAAAUACAUUGUUUAGAGCAUAAUAUAUUUUAGAAAGUAUGAAAACAUGGAGCUAAUGUGCAUUUUUGUGGCUUGAAGUGGAUGGUUUAAUUGCAUUGGGGAGGAAAAUAAGCAAAUUCCACACCCAGUGUAAUUUUGUGGGUCUAGCCUAAUAAUUUUCAAAUUGCUCAUGGAAGUGGCUUUUCUUCCAUUUUGUCGUGUCAACAGAAGGUGUCAAGGGCAAACUACUUGAAAAACUGCCUUGUUAAAGACGAUAUUCACGAUGAUUGCCUUCAGAGAAAAGCAAAUGCUUUUCUCUCAGUACUCAACCACCUUUCACAUAAGGCCAUCUCUCCCUUCUGCAGCUUAAAUCAUCCAGCAUUUACCUCAUUGGACCUAGGUCUAGAAAACCUUCUAGGGGCUGUUUGAUUGGCAGUUGAAAGAGCCCAUGCCCAGUUUUACUAUGAAAAAGUUUUCCAAUCUACUAGAAGUGCAAAAAAAAAAUUUCCAGCUCACUAGCGUUAAGAUACUUUCAAACUAAAAGUAAGGGGUAUAAUAGUUUGCUUAUUUGAAUGGGGUUCCCUUUCCUUUUGAGAUUUUUCACUGCCUUUAUUUGGCUAAUUUCUGUCAAAAUUUGAAGGAAAAAAACUGAAGUCCAGCUGCCCAGCAAACAACAUAGAAGUAUUUGUUUGAAAUGGUAUUAGGGAAAUGUCCAACUUCUCUGUAAACUCCCUUUUUGAGGGCCUGGGUGAUUGGUGUCAAUUCCAAAUACAAAGAUUAUGUUCAACAGCCACACAAGUGCACAGAAAUGAUAAAGCAGAUAUUUAAUCUUUCCAAGCAUCUGAUGAAGCUUACGUUCCCACCAUCAUGAAAGCAUUACCUAAAUAUGAGUGAAAGAAAAAUGUAAUGAUUGAAACAUGGAGGUUGUAAAUGCUGCAAAUUUAAAUCAAAAUGUCGCCCAUCCUCUACCUAGACAUUUCAUAGCCCAAGUAAGCAUGGGUGAUAAAUGUUCCUUUUAGAGAGAGUCAACAAAAGCAAAAAACGGAUCCUGCAUUUAUGUAAGAAUAUUUGUUGGCAGGUGUCUUUUUAUUUUAAGUAGUGUACUGAAUGCCUACAAAAUAAUGUGUGGGACUUUAAUCAUGGGAUGCAUAUCUCUGUUUUUUUAAUUAUGAGUUUCAAGGCAUGUACAUAUAUAUAAAUAUAUAUUUUUACAAAGUAAGGUAUGUCAUGCAAAGGACUUGAUUUUAUUAUCUUGCACAUAUUUAUUCUUUACAGAUCUGGAAUCAUACAGGGUCAUUCAGAAAUGCUUUUUUUUUUCCCCUCCCCACCCCUGUGCCUUUUGAAGUAAUUGCUUGUGUCCAGACAUUGCUGUUUGGACUUGAAAGAAGAACUUCAAGUAUUUUCCACUCUGCAUUUCCUAUCUGUGACACUUGUUCAUUCCACUCAGCUGUAUGUACAGUCUGUUCCCAGGGCACUUAAGCCACACAAGACCACAACUCUCAGCUCCGUUUAGGUGGGAAAAUUUAACUCAUAUGAUUUCUUUGUUUCUUUCCCCAAAGAUUUGUUGCACAUCACUGGCCAGAUUCAAGGAGGUAAAAUUGGCUGAUAAGCCAAUUGCACCACGUCUACCAAGGGUUGUUAGACCUGUUCUCUUCAGCGGGCGGGGGCCAAGAGUGGGUUUUGCAGAUGCCUAAGCUUCCCUUGAAUGAUGUGAACUGGAACUGCUUGAGAGUAAGAACUGCCUGUUCUUACUGCAAAAGAACGAGCAGAGAUAUGCUCUCAUUUGACCUGAAGCGGAAUCUACUUUUGAACAUGUACCUUACUGAAUGUAAAUCAUGAUCUGUUUUGCUCUCCCAUUUUCCUUGGUUUUUAGAGUUCGUUGCUGGCAAUGGACACAGAUGCUUGUGCAGAAGAAUAAAGCUUUUUUUUAUGGUCG